CUGUUGCUAUAUUUAAAACGCGGGUUUUGGUUCUUUAAGUGGAGUUUAUGAAACUUACUUAGUACCACUUGCGGUGCUGUCGGAAUGCCUUCAGGAUCGAAUACGUCAGCGACGACGCGCACCCCGCCAAACUGUGCGCGUUGCCGCAACCACCGCAAGAAAACCAUCCUGAAGGGUCACAAACGGUACUGCGUAUACCGCAAUUGCCAGUGCGAAAAGUGCCGUCUGACAACGGAUAGGCAAAGGGUCAUGGCCAUGCAGACAGCUUUGCGAAGGGCUCAGGCCCAAGACGAAGCCAUGUUAAAGAACGGGAUGUUGUGCGUGCCACCGAAAACACCCAGUCCCGUGAAUACGGUUGAUCGCGCCAGUGUCGAUUGUGAUUCUUCAGCGUCGUCACAGUGUUCGAACCCGCCUCCGUUACCCAAAAAAAUCACCCCUGUGGUCGGGAGCGCACCGGCGGUGUCUUCGACUUCUGUCGGGAUGGGAAAUGAAGUUCACAGCUACGAAUAUAAAGCACAUUUUGGUGAUUUGCUGGAAGAUUGCCAGAAACUUCUAGAGAAGUUCAACUAUCCAUGGGAGAUGAUGCCCCUGAUGUACGCCAUCCUGAAGGACGCACGAGCAGAUCUUGAGGAGGCGUCAAGGAGGAUAGAUGAAGGUCGCGGUGCAGAUAUUCUCUUGGACCUAUGCCAAAGGGUAAAAGAAAAGUUCCAGAUUUCCUGGAGAAUGAUAUCGCUAGUGGACGUUAUAUUAAAAUAUGCCAAAGAAAAUCAGGAAGAAGCGCUUAGGCAAAUUGAUGAAGCGUUUUUGGAAUGUCGAGCGAUGGCUGCAGUUCAAGCUGCCCGGUACUCUUACCAUCAUGUACAGUACCCGGCACUGUACAAUGCCGCACUUUACCCUCCAGUCUACCUGUCCUCCAUGUCGUUCUACCAUCAAGCGCCUACGCUGUUACCGUCCACAUUGCCACCACCAGCUUGCUCGUCACCUACGCCCUUAAGGCCAUUGAGUCGAUCUGGAUAGGGUGGCCAGCCAUGUACGUUUCUACCUUAAAAACACACCGAAUUAUUAAUUUAGUAUGAACCUUUUGUGAUAAGUUCAAAUGUUCCAACGCCGUCGUAUGGUAAAACAUUCGUCCUAUUGGUCACAAUAAAAUUAAUUUAAUUUUUGCUCAAUAAAUGCCAAAUCAGCAGGACCAGAUGCAAUGCAGUGUAAUGUGUAAGCAAAAAACUCAACGCACGAUACUAAAAUAUUGCUGGGACCUAUCAAAUGUUUUCCGGUAAGUUUCUGUAUCCUGCCUAAAAGAUCACCCAUAAAUGAUAUAAAAUGUAGACUGUAAUUUAUGCGUCUAAUGGAUCGAAAAGUGGAAAAUGUCAAAUUUAUACAUAAUUGACUGAUAUCAAUAAACUGGGAACCUUUUAUAAAAAUCCAUAUAUGAAAAAAUAUAUUUAUUAUAACAUAACGGAUCAUAACACAGAGUGCAUUAUUUCUUAAAUCUUGUGCUUUUGGCAAAUUUUUUUUUUGGCGCUUUGUUCUAGACAUAUAUAUAUUUUACAUUCAAUUAAAUGCGAAAGUCAUGCAGGUUUUCACUUUGAUUUCACAAACUGAUUAUAACAAUUUUCGCUAGUACUUAAUACGAAGUCAGUGAUUGCAAGAAUGCCCGUCCACAACAGACAAGAGUUUUUGUAUUUUUAAGAACUAGCGUUCCAAGAGGAAUUUCAGACACUAAGGUAGCUGCAAUAAUUACGAUCUCUCAUGAAACAGUAAGUCUGCGGUACAAAACUACCCCAUCUGUUCCUCUUUCUUAGUUCCAAAUGUAACGUUCAUAUGUAACAUUUCAUCUAUUAAUCUUUGAAAGAUAUCAGACGGUCGAUGGCGACAUUUUCUUUUUAAUAUGUUACUAGGUUUACUGUAAUAUAUUUUAAAGUACUUUAUAACCUUCAUCAAAAUUUAUGAAAAAUGUUUAACUCAUAUAUUUCUAAAUGUUUUGAAGGAAAUAUUAGAAAUAAGAAAAAAAAUCUACAACAAUUUUACAUGGUGUCCAAUUGACCGCAUUUCUACCUUUUUUUCAAUGAUUUAUGGGUGACGCAUAGGUAGAAUGCAAAAUAUAAGUAAAACCUUAUAUCUAAAUCUACCGUAUACAAAAGAAAAAGUUUACAAAUGGAUAAGUAGAACAGUAUAUCUCAUAUUUAAGCGAAAUGCAUCUGGUAAUGCCGAAAUAGUAAUCAGUGUUAGAGGUCGCAAAAUAAUUUGAUUUAUAUUUGGGUAUGUUAAAGGACAGUGUCAAAUUUAUAUCGCAUUCGUGGUAAUACUUAUUCGUUGAUGAACGAAGAUCGAUUGUACGCACAAGACAUUGUGACGUAAAUUUAAAUCAAGUUUUAUUGCCACAAUCGUAUUUGAGUUUAAUAUAAUCUGUUUUCUUUUCACAAAAUUUAGCUUCAUUUUUCUGUCAGAAUUACGUUAAAGACCGAGCAAAGGAGGCAACCUUUUGUCUAAUAACUAAGAAUCGGCUACUUAUUAUAACCUUUUUUUUUUCCUAAUUAUUUCUAAUUUAAAAAUUAAACCCUUCAGUUUUCCCUUAUUAGAAAACAAAUAAACAUUUUGUUUACGGGAGAUUCGUGUUGAUUUUUUACUACCGUCUGUGACUUUGAACUUACAUAUUACAAAGUGGUGUGAUACUACUAUUCGAACUUUUUUAGUGACCUUUGGAUAUUUCCUGAAGAUGUGUUUACGAUUCUUGUCCUCCUUUUUCUCCUUUUCCUGUCCCUCUAGGGCGCUGCUAAAUUUUGCCCAACUAUUGAUUGCGUGAUUAUGAAGACGGGAAUCAGAGUAUCAAUUAAAAAAAAUCGUAAAUAUAUCAUAUUUGCGCAGCUUUUGAUAAAAUAUAUGUUAGUAAGGGGCUUCAAUCCAAUUAGAAUUAUUACCGUAACCAAUAUUUGUGUCUUAUUUUCUCUCCUUUAAGAAAUUGGCAGUUAGCAAUAGGAAAUAUUAUAUUGUCUGUUGAGCAUUUUUGCAUCUCUUAAUGUAAAACUUUUUUUAAAUGCUUGAAUCUACUUUUAAUUACUAAGAAACGUUUGGAAAAAAGUCAGUGGCGCACUCUAUAAGUAUCUAAAUAAAACUGCAAGAAACUGCUGAUUUAUCAAAAGCGAAAUUAAAGAGUCAGUGGCGUUCUCUGUAUGUCGAAAACGGCAUUUCCGGUUCAAUACGGUUGUCCUCCAUAAAGCAACAAGUGAUAUUGUACAAAUCAGAAAAAGAUUUGUUUGUUUGUUUUGCAAAUUUGGGUCGUUGAAAAGGUUCAGAAAGUUCAAAAUUUUAUUUUACUAGCUUUUCAGAAUGUGAGGUUUUGGUAUUAGCUUGUUCCUUGAACCUACGUAGUAGAAGUUGAUAGUAUUGGUUAAUAUCUCAAGCCGGUUGCCAUAAAUGUUAGGAUGACAACUGUAAUUGCUAUUCAUCUUAUCUGUUAAUUGCAUUUAGCAUAUUUUUAGCAACCAACAUUUGCGAAAAUAUUUAUUGAACAAAUCUUCCUAUUCUGAUUCUGAUCCGCUUUUGGGCCAAAUUUAUCGACUACAUUAAGUUUCAAAACUUGCUUUGAAAAAAUCAGGUACUCAUGGUAAACACCAUUUUCACUAAUGUAAUGCAACUCCUAUUAUUAUUUCAAAUAUGUUAUGUUCAAAAUCAUUUUUUUUUCCAAAAUUUUAUUUUAUUGAAUUUGCAGAUAACGUAAAUGCCGAAUAAGAUUAAAAAAAAAUAUAUACGCAUAUAUUAUUUACGUUCAAUGAUUUAUGAGUGACUCGGUUAAGUUUUGACAGAUGAUGCUGCGACUACAUAAUUUGGUCAGUUUUUAUUCCUAUGUUUUCUUAUUUAGAGUAUUUUAGAAAAUAGAUUAUUUUAAACAUAGCAUGUAAUACAACAAUGUAAAGAAAGUCCAACAAGGAAGCUAUCGUCCAAUUAACAGAGUUUUUGCUAUAUUUUAAAUUAUAAAUAGGUACAACAAAAGAAUUGUACGAACUUAAAGUGACAUACUUUUUGUACAAAUGUUUUUAUGCUUAGGAACAUCUUUAAAAUAUAUAUUUAUAAUAUUGUGAUUUCAGGGCCUAACACAGUCCUCACAGGCAAGUGAUAUUAAUUGUACAUAUAGUGAAACAAGAACGAAUUAAUUAAUAAGGUUGUACGAUUGUUAAAGGAUUUACUAGCCAUCUUGAUGAUAUUCCCUUAGCUUAACUUCAGAUUAGUACGUGCCGUAGAAAAUUGGCGAUCCGCCUUUAUAAUGCUAAAGUAUGAAAAAAUAUAUUCCCUGCAUUUUUUCACCAAGCAAAAAAUAAUAAACUUAUAUAAAAAUACAGCUUUAUUCGUCGUUGGUCGGGUGUUUUUACGCCAGUAAUUGGCAAUUACAUAUUAUUAAUUAACAAUGUUUUUUUGAUACUUCAAUUUGGACAGGUUUUCGAAAAACGAAGCUACUUAUAGUUGAAACUAAUCCUCCAUUAAAUAAAACAAUUCAAACUUUAUUAAUGUGCUGUACAGGGCGAUCUAACCAAGAUUAUGAGAAGCAUUGAGCCUGAAUGGGCUAGCAAACUGUUUAUAUAUGUGGUUGAUAGUUUUAUUAGGUCAGUGAGAUUCAGAAACUAAUAGCUGUUCAAAUUUUUAUUUUUUUUAAAUGAGUCACUUAUAACUGAAAAAUAGUCGUAAAUCUAUUAAAGUGUGCAAAGUAGUUUUUAUCCUAAAGUUUUGGAGCAUUAAAACAAAUUACACUAAUUGUGUCGCGUCGUUAAUGUAGUAGUCAUUUUAUAAAGAUAAACAAUAUAAUAACAACACCUUCAAUAUAAGCGGAAAACUUACUGGAAUAAUUAAAGAUUCACAAAUUAUUUAUCAGAUUUAAUAAAAAAUCAUGGAGAAGAGAAGAGAACUUUUAAAAAUAAUUAGAAUACUCUUUUAUUGAUUUUAUUUCCUCAGGUUAAGGCUACAUUUUUUUGUCAUAUUAAAUAUAAACAUAUAUGGUUCAAAGUUAUGUUUUACCUCCACCCCCGAAAACCGGCAACUAUUCAAGUGUGACUCAAUGACGUCAUUGAGAAAUGGCUAGAUUUUUCAGCAUGAUAGUUAAAGUAAAGAACUAUAAAAUCUUUCAUAGAUUAUGGAGGUUAUGGCCUUUUCGGUCUUUUUUUGGGUUUUUCGUGUGGAUUUGAAGUCUAUUAAAAUAAAUGGCAAUAUUAUAUAUUUGCGAGAAUUCCCAUUAACGACCGCAACAUUAGUUUUAUUGCCCAAAAUUACUAUAAUAGAUAAACUAAACCAUAUUCUACCAAGCGGGCCGUGAUUGGUGUGACGUUUGGUUGCUUGAACAAUAUUGACAACGUGAGAGAAGUAUUCACUGAUUUAAAAAAUGCUUUUUAAGAAAAAACAAUAUAAAAUUUUCUGUUUAUGAUUGGUGUUAAUUAUGCAAAACUGAAACAGACACUAUGGCUCAGAGUUUUUUAUGUAAGAUAAGGCAAACUGCCUCCUAAAAUCAAUACUCAAUGUAGAGUUGACUAAUCCGCCGUAUCGCCGAUUUUUGCAGGGAAUAUUGUGUAAAAAAUUUAAAAACUUGAACCUCGCGCUCAUUUAUGGCUAAAAGGGUAAGACAGUUUUCUACGAAUCUGAGUUAGUAAAAGUUUCGGAUUUACUAUACAACUUAAAAAAUAUUUUUGUGGAUGUUGUACAAUUUGGUGAUUUAUCGUCGUCUACAGACAAAUUGUAGCAAAAUGUAGUUUCUACAUAUUUCAGCAAUACAUGUUCAAAAAUUAUAUAUAUGCUAAGUAGAUAUAAUCAAAAAAUAUGAUUUAUAUACUUUUUGGGGUUCUCAUUCGAGAGCAUCAAUGUAUAAACUAAAUGUUAUUGGUCAUAGCAACUAUUAUCCAUACACAUUUGUUUUCUUUUAUUUUAGGUUUUCUUUUGUUUGUCCUGUUGUGAGACGGAAUGACUAAAAAAUGAUUUAAAAACUAAUAUUCUCGCUCGUUAUUGACGAUUAUAUUUCAAUGGACCCAGUCUGUAGCACAAGCCGAAUUUUCAAAAUAAUAUAAUUUUUACGAUAUCGUAGGUACCAAGAGGACAAAACGCUUGAGUAAUAAAUAAUAUGAAACUGCUAAAUUACCACUUAUUUACUAACUUCCUGCUUUUCCGGCCCUUACUGGAGCAAAUGUUUUUAAUCCAGUAGUUGGAAGUAAAACAUUUUAAAACAUGGAUAGUCCAAGAAAAUAUGCGAUAGCCAAUUUCUAUGAAUUCAUGCCGACUUUCUUACCAAGGACCUUGCUAAAAACCAAGAUGAAUUUGGCUAUAACCAUGGCAUCGUUGCCAAAAGUUUUAGGUUACCUUUUAUCAUACUAUUAAGAGUCUUAUUCCGUCUUAAAAGAUAGACUGAGAACGCGAAAUUGAACAUUGGUGCUUGCGUUAUUUAAUUGCAUUAUCUUGCUACCUAUUUUUUUUCAAUAUUAUAUAUCGUAAGUCUUAUGAAUGCCUUAAAACAAUUUUAUGUUUUUACAAAUCUGACGCAAACAUUAUCGUUGUCUCCAAAGUAAACUAGCUCAGUAUAAAGAUUGUUUUUAUUUUGUUAAUUGAAAGGUCGGUAAUACCAUUGCGACUAGAUGACUAAGUUUUUAUUACUAUUAAUUAUUGUUUCAAUACAUGUGUAGUGUUGAUAGGUAUUUAUAUAUCUCUAGUUAUUAUUCGCUAGAAGUUAAAUGAUAAUGUAUUACAAAAGUAAUUACCGGUGAAGUUGUA